GCUGCCCAGCCCCGGCAGAGCACUGCACAGCCCCAGCGCCGAGCAGAGCAGAGCCGCAGACACGCCGGGAACAGGCACCGGAGCAGAGAUGCUUUGCAGGAUGCACUUCAUGCCACCCAUGUCCAGCUCCCUCUUCCCAUGGCUGGGACCCGUCCGCACCCUCUGGCCACAUCCUGGCACCAUCUUCGCUGAGCUGGAGCGGGAGCUGCGGCUGGAGAUGGAGAGAGCCCGGGAGUUCAUGAGCAGCUUCGAGCAGUACCUCAGCAGCGGGAGCAGUGCCAGCCGGAUUGGCAUCGCCGCGGAACGAGCCCCCAGUGCCAGCGCCGCCCUGACCCAGGGCUCCGGGGAGGGCUUCUCUGUCUGCCAGGACGUGAAGGACUUCGCUCCCGAGCAGCUGUCGGUGAAGGUGGUGGGCAGGAAGGUGGUGCUGGUGGGGCAGAAGGAGACGCAGAGCACGGACGAGAAGGGCUCCUUCUCCUACAAGUACGAGGUGCUGAAACGCGAGUGGGACGUGCCCGAGGAGGUGGACGCCGAGGCCCUGACCUGCUCUCUGUCCAAGGAGGGGCAGCUCCGCAUCGAGGCCCCCAGGCUGGCACUGCCAGCUGCCCCCGAGAGGAACGUGCCCAUCCAGAUGGGGCCGGCGGUGGCACAGUCGACAGCCAGCACCGAUGACGGAGCCGAGCGAGCCAAGGCGUGACGGAGCCUGGCACGGGCUGGGCUGAGCCUGGCUACCGAGGCAGCUGCCAGCUGCAGAGCAGGACCACACCGGG